GUUGAGGACUGCCAACAGCCAAGAAAGCAACGAGAACGACGUUUUUCGUGUGUGUUUCGUGUUUGGUGCCUUCUCUUGUGGGGUGGCGCACCUCCUGUGUCAACAUGGACGGGAAGCUGCGCAUCUCCGUGACAGUCGUCUCUGCCAUCGGGCUGCGCAAGACUGACUUCUUUGGCACACCCGACCCUUUCUUCCUGAUCGAGUGUGGGGGCGUCAAGUAUGAGGGAAAGCCAGCGAAGAAGACGCUCUCCCCCGUGUGGAACCAAACGUUUCGCUUCGAUGUGAAGCCACACUGGACGUUGGUGCUGCAGGUGUUCAACUGGCGCAAGUACAUGAAGAAGGAGAAGAGCGGGGCCAUGGGCUCUCUCCACCUUGGGCUGGAGUUUCUGCCUCAGCUCGUACAGGCUGGCGGAGCCCUCUGCGAGUCGUUCCCAUUGCAGUCGGAAUCGUCCUCCAACGCAUCGUGCGGUCACGUCUUCAUCAACUUUGAAGUGCUGAACAUGCAGAGUCCGAGUGGCGGGCGAACAAGGAGCAACCAGCAGGUGCAGGCGCCCAAACCACGACUGCUGCGGGCUGCCUCCAUCGAAGCGCAAAUGCUUGCAGAAGCUGGGCGCGACGCUGCUCGGUCUGGCCGUGGACAGCGGUAUACGGCGACGAGUGGCAGGUCCGGCAGACGAAGCGGCCCAGCUGCGUCCACCACCACCAGCCCGCAAACACCAACAACACCAACAACAGCACCAGCGUCGGGGCAGCGCCACCGGUCGGAGUCUGCGGGCGCGGAUGUGUUUCUGAGCAGCUCGCCAUCCCGCCGCCACCGCAGCACAUCCCACGCCGUGUCCGCGUCACGCACACCGCACACGUCCCAGGCGUCCCCGCACACCUCUCGCAGCCCGCCCAGGCACACGCGCGCCCAGGCACACGCACACGCCAUUUCCCAUGCGCACGCGCACGCGCAAUCACGCACACGCACGCGGGGAUCGGCGACACAGUCGCCAGCAGCCUCCGACACCACAGCCACGCGCGCAGGCAGCAGUGGAGCAACUGGUGCUGUGCAGCGUUUGCGAAGCAGUGACAGAGGUGGCAGGCGCAGCCCGCGGGGGAGUGUUGGCGGUAGCGGCACGGGUCGUACAGAUGCACCUGCAAGUGCAAGCAGCAGCGCUCGCAGCAGUGCACGUCGUGUCGGUGGCGGUGAUGGACAAGGCUCGGUUGACUCGGAUCGUGACGGUGUAGUGCGGCAAACAUCUCGCGCGAACAACAGCGCCCGCAGUCGCAGUAGUGCUGGCAGUGGCGCAUCCUCUUCGCGAAAUCCUAACACCAGGCUCCGCCACCGCCGCCGGCAGCUGCCAGAGCACCGACGAUCACAGCACCUCGAAAUCCUGAAGCUCUUGCGUGAACCCCUGCCACCAGGAUGGGAGGCACGCCUCGCCCCGAGUGGGCAGGUGUACUAUGCAAACCACGUCACGCGCACUACCCAGUGGAAGCGGCCCGAGCACGAUGCAGCAGAAGAUACGGCAUCUGUAAACAUGUCAGACACGUCUGCGCUGGAGGAUUACGAGCGGCGGUCCAUUCUCAUGGAGGAUGUGGACCAGCUGGGGCUCGACGAGGAAGGCUUUGGGUUCCCAGGCAUCGACGAGGAGAGCACGACUGAUCUCUUUGAAGAUGAGGACGUGCUGCCCUCUGGAGAAUCAACGCCAACACAUCAACAUCAACAGCAACGGCAACACCGCCAGUUGAGUGGCGGUGCACGUGCACAUGGAAGCCCGCGGAGCAUUCACGCUGCGGUCACGAGCACCCCACUUCGGACACGCCUGCGGGAGGUGGAGCGUGAUGCGCAGGACGAGGGACGACAGCAACAGCAGCGACAACGGCACCGACGGGCCAGCGGUUCGAGAGAGAGGGGGCGACGAAGUGGGGGCGGUGGCGAUGCCCCUGACGAAGCAAGGACGCCUGCACAGCAGCAGCAGCAGCAGUCACGGCAGCAUCAGCGGCGGAUGAUGGAGAUGAUUGAGAGCAGCGAUGUGGUCACACCUCGUGGAUACGGGGCCAUGACGCUCGCGACAGCAUCAAGUGACAGAACGAGCGAGUCGAUAUCGCCAGUCUCUGGCUCCCUCUCCACCCAGCGUCGCGUCUCAAGCAGCAACGAUGCCUCCACAGCCGCUGCCUCAACCACGACGACAACAGCAACGGCAGGCAGUGCACAUGCCACAUCCCUGCCUGCAUCAACGAGCAAUCUCCAACGCCACCAGCGCCGCACCACCGCGUCAUCAUCUGCGCUGCCCGCACACACACGCACGUCGCGCACACCGUCGGCGUCCUCACCUCUUGCUUCAUCGUCACCAACACGACAGGUGCGGGAGCGGGAAGGGUCUCCAGUGACCUCUGCGCAGCAGCAGCGCCAUGCUUACGACAGCCAGGUGUCAGCAGCACCUUCAUCGCGACUGCACGUGCGUGCAGAUUCAGCAUUGCAACGUGAAACAUCGCCAGCACGCCUACAACGGCAACAGCAGCAGCAACAACGGCAACAACGGCAACAGCAACAGUCGAGUGCAAGUGCGGGGGUCGGUGAUGCUGUGGUGUCGCGUUCGCAGCACGCCGAGAAUCGGCCGCGCACAUCAUCGCAGACACGACCACGGCCUCACGCUGAUGAGCAGCAGCAGCAGCAACAGCAGCAACAGCAGCGAAGGCGACCGCAGCCGCACUCGCCGUCCCGUCGUCACCCACCAGCAACAACAGCUUCAUCAUCACCAUCGUUGUCAGUGGCGGUGUCAGCGCGGGAGGGCAAUCACAGCAGCAGGGCACGGCAGGCGGCAGGGCCUGUGGACGUGGAUAGUGGUGCCGUCCAGCCAACAACGGCAAUGACGGCAGGAGCAGCAACAACGACGUCUGGAACAGGAGCGACAGCGACUGCAGCAACACCAGAGGCGCAAGUGGGAGCGGAGGGAACUGCGGGGUCUGGCGAGUUGGCCAGAGGGGUUGACGGCAAUCGCGGCGCUGUUCACACCAGCGACGAUGCCACUCGAGACAGCGAUGUCGAAGAUAUCGGUGGUGGUGAUGGCAGCGAUCGACCAGCCCGAACACCGCCGCCUCCAUCACCGCCGCCUGGUCAACGGCAACGACAGCGCAGCGCCCACACACCGGAGUCGCCCAACCCACUGCACAGACAUUGGAGCGAGUAUGUUGUGGAGGAAGGGCUGGGCGAGUUUCCGCUGGGAUGGGAACAGCGCUUCACCGCGACUGGUGUUGUGUACUACGUCGACCACAUCAACCGAACCACCACGUUCGAGGACCCGCGUCUUGCUGUUCAGGAGCGACGGCGACAGGAGGCGUUGACGCACGAGGCGCAGCUUCCGCGAUACAAGCGCGAUCUCAGGCGAAAGCUCCUUAAACUCCGCCACCUCUUUGCAUACAUCAGACAGAAGGACGCAACGCGUUACGGCGAGGUGGUUGAUGGGCAGCACCGUGUCAAGCCGGUGGACAUUUGUGUUUCGCGCGACAACAUCUUCGAGGACUCGUUUCGCAUCAUCAUGCGCAUGACUCCGCCGCAGCUCAGGGCCCGGCUCAACAUUGCGUUCUUUGGCGAAGACGCUCUUGACUAUGGCGGCGUUGCCAGGGAGUGGUUCUUCCUCCUGUCGAAGCAGAUGCUCAACCCGUACUACGGGCUGUUCCAGUACUCCAGCAGCGACGCGCAGCUGUUGGAGAUCAGCCCCAACUCGUCCAUCAACCCAGACCAUCUGUCCUACUUCAAGUUCAUCGGCCGAGUUCUCGGCCUUGCCGUGUGCCACGGGCACUAUGUGGACGGCGCGUUUGUCAUGUCGCUGUACAAGCUGCUGCUGGGGAAGGACGUUGGCCUGUCGGACAUGGAGGUGGUUGACGAGACAUUCUUCAACAGCCUGCGCUGGAUGCUGAAGAACAACAUCACGGGCGUGCUGUUCAACACGUUUGAGGACGAGUUUGAGGCGUUUGGCAUGCUGGAGACGGUUGAACUGAAGCCUGGUGGGAGCAGCAUCCCCGUCACAGAGGAGAACAAACGCGAGUAUGUCCAGCUCAUUGUCCAUCACCGCCUCCUCCGCGGCAUUGAAGAGCAGGUGCAAGCGCUGCGGGAGGGCUUCAACGACAUUGUGCCGCCUGCAUGGCUGGAGAUGUUUGACGAGCGCGAGCUGGAGCUUAUUCUGUGCGGUCUGGGCAACAUCGACGUCAAGGACUGGGCAGACAACGCCGAGUACAGGCACUGUGACAGCUCCCACCAAGUGGUCAAGUGGUUCUGGCAGAUUGUGGAGUCGUUUGAUGCGGAGAUGCGUGCGCGUGUGUUGCAGUUUGUCACCGGAACGUCACGCGUGCCCGUCACAGGAUUCAGGGACCUCAGGGGCUCACAAGGCCCGAAGAAGUUUACGAUCGAGAUUGUGCCCUCUGCCAGCUGCACAUCGCUGCCGAAAGCGCAUACGUGCUUCAAUCGCAUCGACCUGCCCCUCUACCAGACAUUUGAUGACAUGGAAACAAAGCUGCUGCAGGCUGUGGAGAACUCCAUUGGCUUUGGCAUCGAGUAAACACGCGCGUGUGUGCCCACGUGCACGCUCCAUCUUCCUUCUCUUGCUCAUCACGGGGCUUUCCUUGUGACAUGCUUCUUUGCUGCUUUUGUCCCGUUUGCUUUGUUGGUGUAUUGCUUAUGACAAUCGAGAGAGUUAUUGUUAACAGUGGUUGAAUGAACUGUACAGCGUGUUGUUCAAAAC